GCCGCCGGCACCGGCUCGUGGCGCGGCGGCCGCAGGCAGGGCCUCGGGCCCUCGGCCUGGGAGCUCUGGCGCGAGGCCAAGGAGGAGGAGCGCAGGGCCCUCGCCCAGAGGCCCGCGGCCGCGGAGGCGCCGCGGCGGCGGCCCGCGCCGGCCGCGGCGGCGCCCGCGGCCGCGGCGCCCGCGGCGUCGCCCGCGGCCACCGGCGCCGCGCCCGCCGCGAAGGGGCCCACGGGCGCCGCGGCGGAGGCCGCGCCUGGCGCAGCGGUGGGCGUGCCAAACUCGGCGGGCGUCGCCGCGCCCGGCGCUGCGGGCAUCGCCGCGGACGCGCCCGCGCCCCCGCCCAAGGAGAUGAAGGCCACGCUCCUCGCGCUGCAGUCCCUGGCCACGCCCGCCUUCCAGAGGGCCGCCGGCAUCGCGGGGCUCAGCGGCAACGCGCUGGCGAAGUUCAAGCGCCCAGAGUUCGAGGCCGUCUGGAGGCGGUUCUGCGAGGAGGAGGCCGCGGGGCUGAGCGAGGAGCAGGCCCACGCCCUCCUGGCGCCCGCGGCGGCGGCCGGCAGCGCGGCCCAGAAGCCCGGCACGCGGAAGAGGUAG